AGUGGAGCCAUCAGGGGGAGGGACUUGUGCAGACUCAAAAGCCUGAUGGUGCAGCCACAAGUGACAGAAAACAACAGAGACGGUGAAGGAGCCAGUUUCAUGAGGAGAGCAGAGCAGCUGCUGGAGACGUGGGGACAGAUGUGAGUUCAUCAGCAGACAGAAGCUUUAACACUGAGGGCCGGACUGGUGGAGAAAAGACAGGCUGGACAGACAGACCACAUCAGAUAAAGCACAUCAAUGAAGACACUUGGCAUGGCGGUUUUCAAGCAACAGAAUGUGGAUGAUUUCUAUGAAAUUGGGGAGGAACUAGGAAGUGGACAGUUUGCAAUAGUCAAGCGGUGCACAGAGAAGAGCACGGGCACCGAAUACGCCGCCAAGUUCAUCAAGAAGCGCCAGAGUCGGGCCAGCAGACGAGGCGUGAGGAGAGAGGAGAUCGAGAGGGAAGUGACCAUCCUGCAGGAGCUCCAGCACGCAAACAUCGUGUCCCUGCACGAUGUGUACGAGAACCGCACAGACGUGGUGCUUAUCCUCGAACUGGUCUCUGGAGGAGAGCUGUUUGACUUCCUGGCUCAGAAGGAGUCUCUCAGUGAAGAGCAGGCCACUCAGUUUAUCAAACAGGUCCUGAACGGAGUCCAGUACCUCCACUCCAAGAGGAUCGCACACUUUGAUCUGAAGCCUGAAAACAUAAUGCUGCUGGACAGGAACGUUCCUCUACCCCGCAUCAAACUCAUAGACUUUGGCCUGGCACACAAAAUAGAAGCUGGCGCAGAUUUCAAAAACAUUUUUGGCACUCCUGAGUUCGUCGCUCCAGAGAUAGUCAACUACGAGCAACUGGGAUUGGAGGCAGACAUGUGGAGCAUCGGAGUCAUCACGUAUAUACUGUUAAGCGGCGCGUCACCUUUCCUGGGUGACACCAAGCAGGAAACAAUGGGAAACAUCUCAGCGAUGAACUACGAUUUCGACGAGGAGUUCUUCAGCAACACGAGCGAGCUGGCCAAGAGCUUCAUCACACAGCUCCUGGAGAAGGACACGAGAAAACGGUUGACCAUACAAGAAACCCUCAAUCAUCCUUGGAUCAAGUCCUGCGGUCACACGGAGGAGGACAGCGCCGCCCAUGAGGCCGAGAAGAAAGCGGAGCAACUGAAGACUAAGCGUCUGAAGGAGUACACCAUCCAGCUGCAUUCCAGUAUUCCGCAGAACAACACGUACGCCAACUUUGAGCGCUUCGCCCAUGUGGUGGAAGACAUCAGCCUGAUGGAGACGGGGCUGUCAGAGGUGGCAGGGGCCCACCACACUCUUCAGGGGGACAUCGAGGGGCUGCUCUCCAUCUACAACGACAAGGAGGCCUGGUACAAGGAGGAGAGCGAGGCAGCGAGGAAGCAGCUCUCCCAGGUCCGCUAUGAGUUUCGCAAAGUGGAGGCCACCAGGAGGCUGCUGCAGGAGGACGUGAAGGCCGUAGAUGCCGGUCUGGAGAGCAUCAGCGGGAAAUACAACCAGAGGCAGAGCCAGAUGGACGCUCUGCGGCUGGAGCUGGAUUCUGAAAUGCAGUGGCUGCAGGACGUGAUGAGCUCCCUGCAUCCAGAGGGCGCUGGCAGCAUCCACAGCAGCAGUCUGAACAUGGACGUGAAGCAGGCGCUGAAGGAGCUGCUGAGUCAGUCCUGCGGGGGGGAACUGUGCCCAGAGGCCCAGCAGCCGCUCAGCGAGUCUGGUUAACACGCACAGACGAAGACACGCUUUCAUUGAACUUAUAGAUCUUAACGUGUUUUACACAUUGGUUUUUGUUUUCGGAGACACAAACUUCUGAAUGUAUAGCUGUGUAGUCUCCUUUUUGAAUUUAUUUCUAGAUUUCUUUAUUUGUGAAAACAAAAAUAAUUUAACUUUUCAGUUGAAGAUCUCCUGUAAAAUGCCAACUCGACAUUUACAUUUAGUUUUUUAGAGAGCAAAUAUUCAUAUUUCACAAAAUGUCAUUUAUUUUAUGUGGUACACUAUUAAAAAUGAUACUAAACUUGAAGUGUUAUUAACAGAAGCUGAUUAAAUUUACGCACAGCUCUUUUUGAUGGAGCAGGUUUGGUGUCUCAUACUGUAGCAAUGAAGACAAUAAUGGUUCUGAAUGUUUUUACUGUGUCAUGUUUACAUGAAUACAGAAUCAGACAGCAGAUAUUUUCAAUUGAAUGUAUUAGAAGUUCACAUUUUCUGAUUGAUUUUAUUGUUUUUGUUAUCCCAGUCUCUUUUUUAGACUAUACAGACAUAUUUUUACAAUGGUUAUAAAUGUGUAAAAUAACUUUUGUAGUCAUAAAUGUUAUUUUUUCUUUCUUUUUAUAGAUCUUAUUAAUUAACAAAGGGCACUUUUAAUGAAGGUUGAAUUUAUUUAUUUGAUGUAAAAUCCUUUUGAUUUCUUUCUUGGAGAUGUUACAACAGCAUCUAUGAUGAGAUAUUGUGAGUUUAUCAGUUUUUCACCUUUAUCAGUGUUUUUCAUCAUCUCAACAGAUGUUCACAGAUCUUUGGUCUCGCCGUUGAUGUGCACACUGACAUUUUUAACUGUUGUCAAAACCUCUGAAAUAAAUGUUCAUUAUUUAUUACAUAU